CUCUGUUAUGAACUAGAAGCUCUCAGCGUCUGCUUUUCAUACAGGGAGGAGACUUUUCCUUAGCACAAUCAUGGCGAUGUUAACUCUCUCGGCCGACUAGUGGCACAGAGGAAAACUGCCGCCCGGGUCUGCAUUGGCAAAGGCAGAAAGCUGCAGUUACGGGCAUUUCCCUGUGACAGGGAGCACCGGCUGUGCCGGGGAGAGCCGGGCACGGCAAAAAGCACACCACGAAAGCAGCGUGGUGGUGACAUGCUUCUGUCUUUAUCUAGAUAUGCUAGUAGCGUGUUUAUUCAGUGUGGUACCUCUGCUGAGAUAAGACCCUCUUCCUUCGGAUGCCCUAGACCGCCGUUUGUUUAGCUGGAGAACUUAAUGAGUAAUGGAUGCGCUCGGCUGGCUGACAGAACGUGUUUCCACAGCUUGCGGCUGCGUUUGUAGAGAGCCAGAGAGACCACAGGCAGCAGUUUGUCUUCUUAGGUAUCAGCAACGUCUUCUCUUUUAGCAACUAGAGGAUUUAUUUUUAACUGCUUGAGUCAGUGUUUGUCAGAUGAUGCGGACCAUCAAGCUGCAGAUUGAAGUCCCCAGUGCGGGGGAAGCCGGAACGGCAGGGAAAGGGGGCUGGCUGGGAAAAGGGGUGGGAUUUCAGCAUCGUGCUUCCGUGCCUCUGCCUCUCAACGUGGGAGAGAGUUUCGGGCUUCCAGCAUCAGGAGUGGAUUUGCAGGUCAAGCUGGGAACUCAAGGGUAACGGCCGCAUUCAGCUGCUGAAAGACAUAACUGCCCAGUGAUCGGGGUAUCGUGAGGAGGCACCAGGACCCAGGGACCAGAGGAUUCCAAGCGCUGGCCUCUGCUGCUUGGCAGAUUGAGCUUUUCUCCUACUUGAUGCUGCCUGUCUCCAGAAGCCUCUCACCAUGAUCGAUAGCUCCAAGAAGCAGCAACAGGGCUUCCCGGAGAUUUUAACUGCUGGCGAUUUCGAGCCACUAAAAGAAAAGGAAUGCCUUGAAGGGAGCAACCAGAAAAGUCUCAAGGAAGUGCUCCAGCUGAGGCUGCAGCAAAGGAGGACGAGAGAACAACUAGUGGACCAGGGCAUCAUGCCACCCCUGAAGAGCCCAGCGGCAUUCCAUGAGCAGAUAAAAAGCUUGGAACGAGCCAGAACUGAAAACUUUUUGAAGCACAAGAUUCGGAGCCGGCCAGAUCGUUCUGAACUUGUCAGGAUGCACAUUUUAGAAGAAACAUUUGCAGAGCCAUCCCUACAGGCUACUCAGAUGAAGUUGAAAAGAGCUCGACUGGCUGAUGAUCUGAAUGAAAAGAUUGCUCAAAGACCUGGUCCUAUGGAGCUGGUAGAGAAGAACAUCCUUCCUGUAGACUCCAGUGUUAAGGAAGCAAUUAUAGGUGUUGGGAAGGAGGACUAUCCCCAAACUCAGGGUGAUUUCUCAUUUGACGAAGACAGCAGUGAUGCUUUGUCUCCAGACCAGCCAGCCAGCCAGGAGUCGCAGGGGUCCGCCGCGUCCCCAAGUGAGCCAAAAGUUAGUGAAUCACCAUCUCCUGUGACUACAAACACUCCAGCCCAGUUUACUUCGGUGUCCCCAGCAGUUCCUGAAUUCUUGAAAACUCCUCCUGCAGAUCAGCCCCCCACGCGGUCCACAGCACCUGUCCUCCCCACCAGCACUGUGUCCUCAGCAAAGCCUGGGCCAGCACUGGUGAAGCAAAGCCAUCCCAAGAAUCCAAAUGACAAACAUCGCAGCAAAAAAUGCAAAGACCCCAAGCCCCGGGUGAAGAAGCUGAAGUACCACCAGUACAUUCCACCAGACCAGAAGGGGGAGAAGAGCGAGCCGCAGAUGGACUCCAACUACGCCCGGCUGCUCCAGCAGCAGCAGCUCUUCCUGCAGCUUCAGAUCCUGAGCCAGCAGCAGCAGCACUACAACUACCAGACCAUCCUGCCUGCGCCACUCAAGCCACUCAACGACAAGAAUAACAACAGUGGGAAUCCAACUUUGAGCAGCCCCACACCUAACACGCCAAGGCAGAAUGCGUCCGCACCCGUGAGAAAGCCAGGGCCGCUGCCUUCCAGCUUGGACGACUUGAAGGUAUCGGAGCUGAAGACGGAACUGAAGUUACGGGGUCUCCCAGUGUCAGGCACCAAACUGGACCUCAUUGAACGCCUGAAACCCUACCAGGAAAUGAACAGCGGCGGCGCUGCUGCCGGUGGCAUCGUGGCCGUGUCGACCUCUGCCAUUGUCCCCAGUAACCCAGAAGUCACCAUGGCGCUGCCGGUGGCAGCCCUGCAGAACUCUGCGACCAGCUCAGGCUCCACUUUCAAGGCCGAGCUGCCGGCCGCAGGAACCAGCAGCGCAGCCCACGCGGACAGUGUUACCUCCCCGCUGCCCAUCUCACCCGCCCCCUCCGAACAGUCCAGCCUCAGCGCCGAGGACGCCAGCAUGGCGGACACGUUCACCGAGAUCAUGACCAUGAUGUCCCCCUCGCAGUUCCUGUGCUCGUCGCCUCUGCGAGCCACAAGUACCGAGGACAGCCUCAGCCCCACCAGCAGCACGCUGUCCACCCUGGAGCUGGACGCAGCCGAGAAGGACCGCAAGCUCCAGGAGAAGGAGAAGCAGAUCGAAGAGCUGAAGCGGAAACUGGAACAAGAGCAGAAGCUCGUGGAAGUUCUGAAGAUGCAGCUGGAGGUGGAGAAACGAGGGCAGCAGCAGCCGCGGCCCCUGGAGCCCCCGCCCAGCGCCCCGGCCCCUCCGGCCCCCAAGUCAGACCAGGCCCGGGGCGGCACUGCUCCCUCCGCCCAGGAUGAGGCGCCGCUCCCCAACGGCCCUGGCCCGGCGGCCGGCCACACCCUCGUUGCCAAAAAGGCCAUAGUGAUCAAGCAAGAGGUCCCCGUGGCCCCGGCCGAGCCGCCGAGCCUCAUCCCCCAGUUUUACGUGAGUUCCCAGGGCCAGCCACCCACCGGGGUCGCUCCGCCGCAGGCUUUACUGACCACGCCCACCGCGCAGCUGCUGCUCCCCGUGUCCAUCCAGGGCUCCGGUGUCACCUCAGUGCAGCUCCCAGUAGGCAGCCUCAAACUCCAGACUCCACCACAAACAGGAAUCCAGACUCAGCCUCAGAUAGCAACUGCCACCUUGUCCUCGGGCCUGGCCCAGACUGCACCUCAGAAACAAGACGCUUUCACGCCACACGUGCUCAGUCAGCCUCAGCAAGUCAGAAAGGUUUUCACAAACUCAGCAUCCAAUACAGUUCUUCCGUAUCAGAGACCACCUGCUCCAGUGGUGCAGCAGCCUUUCAUCAACAAGACAAACAACAGCAUCCUUCAGCCCAGGAGCACGCUGCUUCCGUCCCUGCAGAACGGCCCAAACCCCCCCAGCAAGCCCGCCUCGCCCCCUCCGCCCCAGCCGUUUGCGGUCCAGCACUCGCUGUUUGGGAGCCCGGUCCCCAAGACGAAAGACCCUCCCCGCUACGAGGAAGCCAUCAAGCAGACGCGCAGCGCCCAGCCUUCCCUUCCAGAGAUUUCCAACGCACACAGUCAGCAGAUGGAUGACCUCUUUGACAUCCUCAUUAAAAGCGGAGAGAUCUCCCUCCCUAUAAAAGAAGAGCCUUCUCCUAUUUCCAAAAUGAGACCAGUCACAGCCAGCAUCACCACAAUGCCAGUCAGCACCGUGGUGUCCCGGCCACCACCCCAAGUCCAGAUGGCACCACCCAUAUCCUUAGAACCUAUGAGCAGUUUAUCUGCCACCUUAGAGAACCAACUAGAAGCUUUCUUGGAUGGAACUUUGCCUUCAGCCAGUGAAAUUGCUCCACUGCAAAGCAGCAGUGAGGACAGGGAGCCCUUCUCCCUGAUCGAGGAUCUGCAGAACGACCUGCUGAGUCACUCGGGCGUGCUGGAGCACUCACACUCCCCCAUGGAGACUGCCGAGGCCCAGUUCGCUGCAAGUACUCCCUGCCUGUCCCUUGACCUUUCUGACUCGAACUUGGACAACAUGGAGUGGUUAGACAUUACCAUGCCCGGCACGUCAUCGGGACUCACGCCUCUCAGCGCCACUGCUCCAGGCAUGUUCUCUGCCGACUUCCUAGACCCACAGGACCUACCGCUGCCAUGGGACUAACGGCACAGAUUUCUGGUCCCAGAAUUCAUGAGGUUUAAGAAGAUGAAGAUGAUUCAGAAAGGUCAGUUUUUAGAGACAGAUCCAUAGUUGCAUCACUGCGAUUACAAUAUGUUGUCACAGAAAGAACAGGUGGACGGUCAGAGGCUGGAAACCAAGUCUGAAAACAUUUCACUGCAUCCAGCAGUGAAUGUCUACGAUUUAAUAUAGCACAGAGCCUUCUGAAAAAACACUACUCCAAGAAGACUCAUCUGUUUCUCCAGAAUUCAGUAAAGAAGGAAAGGUACCUUUAGAUAAAAACACGAAGCAGAGUAAUGUGUGUAGGGCGGUGACACAAGGGCCUCUGCUCAUCAGCUACAUUUAAACCUCUGUGGUCACUUUAAGACCCUAAAUAAAAGGCAGACGGCUCUACUCAAGAGGAAGGGAGGUGAGAGAUCACUGCACAUGGUAUUUCCUAGAAAUAGGCUGAGCCCAGCCCAAGGUGCGGCAGGGGUUAAGGGCGGUGGCCAGCACCAGCCAGUUCAGUGACAGCUUCCCGCUGAAGACUUUUGGUUCCAUUCAGAAACCAAUGUAAUUUCUUUGUGUGUUGUAGUUUAUUUUGUGAUUUUGGGGAAUCUCACUUUAGAUCUCCAAAUUUAAAUUGAAAUGGAAGAUCUUCCACCAUAACCAGACAAUGUCUACAAAAUACUGUCGUAAACAAUCCACUGUAAGGAGUCCAGGUGUAUUGACAACACUGAAAAUCCUACUAGCAGCCCUCUGGGUUGAUGAGAUUGAUUUUAAUGUGUAUAUUAGACAUUUGUAUGUAUACUCUGACAUUGUGACUUGUACAGCCUACGUUGGAGUAAGGAAUUGGGUACCCAGUGGUCCUACUUCUUGUAAUAACUCGAAUAUUUCUAGACUACUUGAGCCAUGUGUAUUUCCAUAUUUAAAGAAUUGCUGACUAACUUUCAGGUAACCAGGCCCAUCUCAAAGAACCAAGAAAAGGCUUUAGCAUAAAAUAUCUUUCUGAGCUGGUGAGUUGUAAAGAGAAGGCAAAGGAGAAGUCUGUCGUCAACCUAGGACAUUCCCACAGCGGUUACAGGUGAAACGGUGUUGCCAGGUUGGCCAGUGGACCCAGUCCUGGCCGUCCUCCUCCCUGUCGCUUAGCCCUGGUUACCGUUUUACAGGCUUGGAACUGGAUGUCAUACCUGAGCUCUCACUAUAUCAUCAAGCUGAAGAUUGCAAAACUGGAGGUUAUAUUAGUAAUUUUUAUAUAGACAAAAGUUAUAUUUGUUGAGUAGUUUCAGAAUUUUCUAAAACGCCAACUAUCACAGGAUUUCCAAGGUUAUUUCAAUCAAGCUAGCCAUUUAAGUAUAUGAUGAAAUAUAAAUAACACUGAGAAAACCCCACCUGAAAUCUACCCCAGAGCAUGGAGAUGUUUAUUAAAUAACGUCACUGUGCUCUCCCCUCACCCUGUGUAAACCCUGCACACGGUCAGGUUUUUUCUCUGGGUUGUUAAAUGGUCAGUGUUCCCACAGGGACAUGCAAGAGGCAACCUGACCCAUUACUUGGAAAGAGUCUGUGAAUCAUUUCUGGGUUUGCGUUUUGCUUAAGACCUGAUCUUACUUUAUAUUUUUAUUUCGGUUUGUAAAUUUUACUACAUGUAAGAAAAGUCCACUUUCCCCAUAUUCAGUUGCCCAGAACCCUGGAGCCCUCAGGUGAACGCCCUCCCAACUGGAAAGUGCUCGUGGGUGAUUCAGGCAGAGGCGGUCACACGCAGUGUGGUCUGUAGCAGGUACUCCGUGUGUUCUGCGACUGGGGAUCCAACACUUGGGAGCCAGGAACGUUCCCCAGAACGCCGCCCUCUGACCAAGCCCAACGGGACCCUCAGCGUCCUGGGCGGGAGCACGGCUCCAGUCGGUUCCCUUCAGAGGCCUGUCGCCAGGGGCAGGGCUACUGACUCAGAACGCACUUUUCUUAGGGGAGGUCUGAGCCCUGGGUGUUUGUCUGGGGCUUCUCUGAUCCACACAUAGACUCUAAGUAUCACCUUCAUUCAGAUUUAAGUGGCUUAUUAAAUUAGCACUAAGUAUCAGUGGGACAGUUGGAGGCAACUGAGCAGCUAGUGGUGUUGGCUCUUGUUGAAUAACUUUAUUUCCAUCACCCCGAGGUGUGUACAUAGAUCGUUCUCUAGCCCUCAGCUCCCCUUAUUGCUUUUUUAAAAUAGGUUUGAAACAUGCCACAGGAAGGUUGCUCUCCAAAAAUACACACUGCGGUGCAAAGAAUGCCAUCUCCUGAGCCUGCUCUCUUGACUACGAAUUGCUAAAGUGCCCACUUCACAUGUGUUCAAACCUUCACGUAGCAGCAUUUCCUUUAAAGGUCAGGCAGGGAGCCUCUAGUUACUGACUCUGCUGGCCACUGCUCGCAGCAUUCUGCCCGGCGCUCCCGUCCUGGCUUGAGCAGCCAGCUGGGCCUCUGUGACAUCAGUGCUGUUCGCCAGGGUGUCAGCUCAUGUUCCAGGUUAGAGUGAGGACGCAGACCGUGCGUGCCGUGUGACGUGACCAAAGAUGACACCCUUUGAUCACAGCCCUGCUGCCCUAACUCGGUGAAUGUGACGGUAGCCACCAUGGGAAAGGUGUGUGUUUACCAAAGAGGAUUGUUUUUGGCUUGAUGUGAGCGUCACAGCCCUUUAAAUACAGGGUGGAAGCGCUGGUUGGAUCUUCAGCGUGCACGUGUGUAGUUUAGAAGUGGUACUACUGCGUACCAUCCUGCGGAACAUUAUAUUGCCAAGCAGACAACCAACUCCUAGAAACAUUAUCUCACAUCCAGUCUUAUUUCCUAAAUAUCCCUGAAACACAGCAGGAUCGGGCUUACCCUGUUAGUGCACAUAGGUAUCAGGUCUUGUCAUCAAGGAUGGGAGGAACAGAAAGUUACACUGAAGCUUCUGCAGAGUCUUGGGAAGUCCCGGCGUAUGUGGUCAUCUUGUACAUUUCAGCAAAGCAUGUACUAGGAAACCUCUUAGGACAGUGUGAGUGGUUCACAUGCUAGUGUUUUUCCUGAAAUGUGCAAUCUACUGUAUAGUACUUGCCACAUGUUUGUACAUAGAUGUAGUCUGAAUUCAUGGAACUUCUUGCUCAGAUACUGUUUGUGCUUGUUUUCUAUGAAUAUUUUUAUGGCACUAAAGAGAUCUUAUUUAAAUUUCCUUUUUACAAACUGCACGGUUCUGUGAUCCCCGGAAGUGCCGUUUCAGAAUCGUGGCAAAGGCAGUCACCGCCCCCCCCCCCCGCCCCCCCCCCCCCCCGCCCCCGCCAAGCUGCCGUCUACAGACGCCAGCUAGAGGGCGCCGUCACGAGCUGUGUGGCCAGUGGACACUGAGUGAUGACAGGUCAGGAGUGUGUUCCGCAUUUGUCACCAAAGGUGACUGAGGCUUCCUCUACCCCAGAUCAAUCCCAGAUCAUUCCAGGCCUCCCAGCUUUCUCCAGAGUCCUUCCAGAAUUCCCAGGCUGAAACCAGCCACAACAGCUGACAGAACAGCUGCCCCCACAAGUGCCGGGACUGUCCCUUUCCUGCCCACAAACAGCCUUUGGCCGGGUUUGUGCCACACCCUCACAUUGCUUCUGGGGCCCGUCUGGUGGUUCCUGCUGUGAGCCAGGUGGACGGUGGCAGCGGCGCUGGGGGCUCUUUCGAGAACUUCCAAGAGACUAGCAGUCAGCAUCCACCCGCAGAGCCACAUGGGGCCCCCCAACCAGCCUCACAAGUAGCCCUCCGCGUGUCACCAUCCGUCACCACAAACAUCAGUCCUGACCACUGGCACCGGAGCAGGACGCCAGGCAAAGUGUCCCCUGCCUGGAGGCCACAAAAUUAGCCCACGCUCUCAAAGAACACUAACUGGAAGGUCAGGGUUAUCAAGGAACACAGCUCACAAGUGCAGUAAUGUGUAUUUGGAGAGCAUCCUAACUGCAUUUCAGUGCAUCUUUUAAGUGGUUUCAGUCAAAACUGGAAAAUAACAAUUAAGAUGUAGUCAUUCUUUUUCCUGGUUCAAACCUUUGAUAACAUGUUCAUUCAGCGAUCCUUCUGGGCUACGUUUUUAUUUGUGAAGUGACUGCAUGGCAAUAAGCAGGUCUACGUUUGUCCCCAUUCACCCUGUCUUGCAGUAUUUGAGGAAAUGCAUCAUUGCAAAAGGUUUCUACCUGAAAUCUCUGAUUUGAGGCCUGUAAUUCAGAAAGCUGCACAUGUUUACAAAUGAGCUCUUCCCCUCCAUGCAAACACGUUGCUCUGUGAAUCAUAUUGGAAAAUGUCACGACUGUGUGACAACAGCUUGGCAAUCUCAGAUCUGCAAGGUGCUUUCUGGAAUCAAAACACGUCAUUGGCGAUCUCAGCGUAGCUGUUGUGUUUAACAGAGCUUUGUGCCAACUGCUAAGAAAGACAAAGCUUUAACCAAGUUCAUAGAAUCACCAAGACUCAUAACAAUUACCUCUCCACAUUAUGCUGUAAAGAAACUUGCUGAUUUAGUAGGAGAAGGAAGCAUUUAAGAAAGGGUUUAGUUGCUACCCAAAGUACUUAACCUCAAGUAACUAACAGUAAUGCAAACUUGCUUUAAAGGAACCAAAGGCAUUGCCAAGUAUUUGCCAAAAGGAGGCACUUUUUAUUUAAAAUAUGAGACUAAUGAGAUCUCAGAAAUCAGUCCCAAAAAGGUAUUAUCCAUUUAUGGUUAUAAUUUUCACAAAGAUGUAGAUAUUUCUCUAUUGUUUCCAUGUAAAAUAGUAUAGAUUUGUUUUGUCGGGUUACGAAUGAUACAUAUUCAGCAGAAACACAGAGUUUCUCCUUUCUGCGUACAAAUCAGUUUCUUUUCUUGCUUGCAAUAGAAAUGCAACGUGAUAGGUGUUUCUCUUAUUUUCAUUGUCACAUUAUGUCUUAGCAUCUCACUCUAUGAAAAAAGGAGAAAGAUACCAAUCGACAGAGCCCUGCUUAUCCAAGCACUAGUUUAAUAAACAAAAAAUUAUGGCAAUCGGGGGGGUCCAUUCAUGUAUUGCCUUUAUGUUGUUUUUUAAAAGAAAAACCAUGAUGCCUUUGUACUUGCUGUUUGCACCCCUGAAGUCAAUUCCAUGUCAUGUCUGAAUGCCAUACAUUUUGCACACGUGCUGUACACAGGCGACGCGUACCGUAUUUUUCUAUGCGUGCACAUUUAUCAGCAGAUCUUUUGUACAUAGUGGCCGUAUUAGCUGACCGGGAAAUGUUUGAUAUCUCAGCAAUUUUGCAUUUUUGUGUCUCAAAUAAAAAAGC